AUGUCCUCUGACAGAACUGUUGUGCUCAUUACUGGCGCCAGUGGCUGGCUGGGCGGUCUACUUGCUCAAGAACUUCUGAGAGAUUCAAGGACGCCUAAUGUGCAUCUCGUCCUUGCUGACAUCAUUGAACCCAAGGCGGGAGGCACUAGAGUCAUUACGGUGAAGGCCGACCUCACCCAGAAAGCACCUGUGGAGCAGCUCUUCAGGACUGAGUUUGGCCUGCCAGAUACGAUUUAUGCACUCCAUGGCAUCAUGUCACGCGGUGCUGAAGACAACUUCGACCUCGGUCUCAAGGUUAACAUUGACUCCGUACGCCUUCUGUUGGAUGCCGCACGCCACGAGGGCACCGCGGCGGGCCGUCAAAUCAAAUUCAUCUUCUCUUCUUCCCUCGCUGUCUACGGCGGUCAGCUGCCGGACAUCGUUACCCCUUCAACAAUAGCAACUCCGGAGGGCGCAUAUGGAACAGGAAAGCUCGUCUCAGAACUGCUCAUAAACGAAUAUACCCGACGUGGAUUUGUCGACGGUCGCAUCAUGCGUCUGCCCACUAUAGUAGUCCGCCCGGGUCCCCCUUCCAACGCAACGUCCGCAUUCCUCUCGGGUAUCGUCCGCGAACCUUUGCAAGGUAUAGAAGCUAUUUGCCCUGUCGGAUCCUCUUUAGACUCUCCUGAGCUGGAGCUUGCCGCAUGGCUUGCAUCCCCUGAGACGACAAUCAAGAACUUCGUUCAUGCUAAGCACGUUCCAGCGGACAGGUUCCUUCCGUACACACGUGUCGUCUGCUUGCCUGGCUUCUGCGCUACCGUGAGAGACGAGAUUGACGCUCUUGCCAAAGUCGCUGGACUCGACGCGGUCAAGCUCAUCAAGUUCGAGGAUAACCCAAUGAACCGCCGCAUUGUUAGCUCUUGGCCAGCGCGGUUUGACAACUCCUACGCUCUCGGUCUCGGAUUCUCUGUUGACGAGGGAGGUAUGAUCCCCAUUGUGGAGCGUUUCAAGCGCGACCUUGAGACUAGCCAUGCAUAG